GCCUUUGUCAGCACGCUUGUCGGUCGUGGCAGCGCCACAGACCGGCACGUAACAUAAUUCUACCUUUUUGUUCAGAGAACCUGCUAAUCUUGUUUUAGGAGCACGGAGAGAGAGAAAACACGGACACUUUCUGUUCACCAGCUUUGUUUUUACAAGCUCACAGUGUGUUUAAGGUCGUAUUUAAAUCGCUUACUUUUAUAACAGGGAAAAGUUUUUGCUCGCUCACCUGCUGUGUUUUUGUGCACUACAGUAGCAGACAGGAGUUCAGUAUGGGGCACUGGAUCGGCUUUGUGUUCGUACUGAUGGCGGUCGUGCCUAAAAGCACAGAGGGGAAGAGAGACGAAGUGCUCUACUGCUCAGCCUGCAUGGCGAUCGCUGAGGAGCUGAAAUACUCCAUUAGCCAGAUCGACCCCAAGAAGACCGUCCACGUUGGAGGCUUCAGGCUGAAUCCUGAUGGAAGUCUCACUGAUAAGAAGGUUCCUCUGGCUCGCUCCGAGACUCACCUGUCCGAGCUGUUGGACGGAGUUUGUAAUAACAUGAGCGAUUACGCGCUGUACGAGGAGCCCGACACGAAACAACAGAGCUACAGGAGAUUCGCACCGAGGAGCAGCGACGGCGGGAACUUUCCAGAUUUCAAAAAUUUUAAAUUCUCCGGACCUGAAGGUUCAGAUUCCUUAAAGUUCGCUUGUGAAACCGUCGUGGAGGAGCUGGAGGACGACAUCAUCGCUCUGUUCGCACGGGAAGACGAGCGCGUGGCCCAGAAGUUGUGUAGCGAAGUGUCAGGUCUCUGUAAGAGCUCCGUGUUCCAGCGCACUGAGCUGUGAUUUAACACCGCCGCCGACCGAACACCUCGAACGCUCCGAGCCGGACCAGGCGCCAAACAGAACCACGACGACGGACCAGAUGUUCAAAUACAACAAGCACAGACCAGUGUAAAGUGUUUUUAUAUGGAUCUACGACGUUGAGUUGUAAUAGUAUUUUCAUAAAGAAUAAUAAAAGUGUUUUAAACGAA